AUGAUCGAAACAUUUCCACCAGUGUCCAAAAUCAGCUCGAUUUCCACGAAAACAGCCACCUUCUGUAACAAGAACCCUCCCUUGGCCUUGUUGCUUGCCUCUCUCCAGCACUUUACCCUCAGGGACUCACAAUUGUCUCCGUACGUUGACUUGUGGUGGUGCUUACUGCUCCAAGUGAGAAAUAGAACCAACGAAGCGGAGUUCAGAAGAACCCAACGAGUCCUCUGGCAAACAACGUGGCACUUCCACUAUACUUAUUUCCGAUUCAGGUAUCUCAGGCACCCAGUGCCCCGAAGCGUCUACAGAGGGUACAUCCAGUUAGAGAUAGAGCCUGAAAUGCUGGUAGAAGAUGUGCUUGACACUUUGAAGAGGUAUGUCAAGCAACAAAAGUAUCCAAAUAUGAAUUUGUCGAAGGCUAAGAAGCUGAAUAUAGGCCAGAGCUUGAUAUCCUUGAAGGAUAUGGGACAGUGCUACGUCAAAGCGUACAAAGGGCUCUUGCCGUUGUUGGAUAACGUCAGAUACGUCGAUGGCAACACGCAAUUUGUGGUGAAUGUUUUGAAGGAGCCUGUGCCCGUGUUGCUUUUCCUUUUUCUGGAGAGGCCCCCAGCAGUGAUCCCACAGCUUUUGACCAAGCACGACGAAUGGGAUCUUCUCUACCUCACUUCGAAAUUGAUAGAGUUGGUGGAGCCUGAGACCGUAAAAGUGGGGGAGACGGCGAAAGAGACGAGCGGGAACGCCAUUGAUCAGGCAGGGGAUAUAAAAGCUCCACCUUUACCCGAUCAAGGGAUCGACGAGGUGAUGCCUGGCACGUUUAGCAUUGAGCAGCCGGAAGAGUCUGACGCUCUUCUGCAGGCUGUGAAUCGUGUCACCGAGACUUUGCAAAGUAUGGUGCCGGAAAUACGAAGGCGGAAUGAGCGGGAUCAUGAGAGUCCUGCUCAGGAAGAUCUCCCACCACUUCCCAUGCCUCAAACCUUGUACUCAUUGACACAACGCCAUCCAGCACAACCUGUAAACGAGGUAAAGUUGAGCUUGAGGUCACGCACGUACCAUCAGUUUAAGUCGCUGUUCAUCGUCAAGGGCCCAAGGAGGCGGUGA